AUGAGCCAAAUCGCCUUCAUCACCGGAGCCAACCAGGGCAUCGGGCUGGCCGCAGCCAAGAGCCUGGCCCGCGAUCACGGCUACCAUGUGAUUAUCGGCUCCCGAAACCUCGAGGCUGGCGAGAAGGCCGCAGCGGAUAUCCGCGCUGAUGGUCACAAGGCCUCCGCGGUCCAACUCGACCUGAACAAGCCCGAGUCCAUUGAGAGCGCUGUCGCGACAAUCAAGGAGGACUUUGGCUACCUGGACGUCUUGAUCAACAACGCGGCCAUCUUGAUCGACACCAAGCCCGAGCAAUUCAAGGAUACGUGGGAUCUCUACAGCAAGACCCUGGAAACCAACGUUAUUGGCCCCGCCGUCCUCACCGAGGCUUUGCUCCCCUUGCUCAAGGAGGCCAAGGCAAAGCCUGCCCGCCUGGUGUUUGUCUCAACCACCAUGGCGAGCAUCACCAUGUCCCUGGAUAAGACGACCCCAUGGUACCCCAUUGACUACACGGCCUACGACGUGAGCAAGGCUGCAGUUAACAUGCUCACGUCCAACUUUGACCGUAAGCUGCAAGGCACAGGGGCCAAGGUCAAUGUUGUCUGCCCCGGGCUUGUGUCGAGCAAUCUGACGCAGCACAAGUUUGGCACGACCACGGAGGAGGGAGCUAUUCAGCUUGUGAAGAUGGCCACGCUGGGCGAGGAUGGUCCAACGGGGACCUUUACCCGCGCUGACCAAGCUCUUCCCUGGUAG